GAAUUAGGUAACCAAUUGUAUCCUAUCUGUCAUAACUGAAGUUUACUUUCUGAGCAAAGAAGAUCCAAGAGAUUUAUACUGAAUUUUACUCAGAAAUGUUGACAAUUAUAAUAUCUUUGGUGGUCAUUGGAGCCAUAGUCUACUAUAAGCGUUUGCGAACCGUCUACAGCCAUUGGGAAAGGAGAAAUGUUCCUUCACUGCCAGGAUAUUUCCCUUACGGAAGCUACGAAAGGCGCUCCGAUACAAAAAAGUUUCAAGGCUACGCAAUGGACCAGUUUUAUUAUAAAAUGGCAAAACAUAAAUAUUUCGGAUACUAUGAGAUGAGAAGACCUUUGCUUGUCGUUAAGGAUCCUGAAGUAUUAAAGCUUGUCCUUACGAAAGAGUUCUCUCACUUCAGGGAUCGGUUUACUCGGCCAAUGCCUAAGACCGAUCCGCUACUCCACUAUCAGCUGUUCAUUCUUGGCGGAGACAAAUGGCGAGCUCUGAGGACCAAACUCACUCCCACCUUCACCAGCGGGAGAAUGAAGGCCAUGUUCCCGCUCUUUGUGGACUGUGCCCAAGCACUUAAUACUCUUCUCUGGUCCCAAGUGGGUUCCGCUGUUGAUGUAAAGGAUGUGAUUAGUCGAUUUACGACAGACAUCAUAUGCAGUUGUGCAUUCGGGCUCCAGACUAACACCAUUGCUGAACCAGAUCACCCACUUCGGAAAGCCACUGCAGAUUUUUUAAGCAAUGGAGACUCACUCUUCUUCAAAAUUAAGUUCAUAGUCAGUAUGCUGGUUCCUUUCAUUCUGCCUCUAAGCAGGUUCACACCACAGGAAGUUGAAGACUACAUCAUGAAACUGAUAUCAGAUACAGUCGAAUAUAGAGAAAAAAACCAGGUUACAAGGAACGAUUUUCUGGAUCUCCUAAUCCAAUUGAAAAACAAGGGUUCUUUGCGUGAAGAAGGGAUUGCAGAGACUGAAGAAUCUUUCGAAGUGACCUUGGAAGUGAUGGCUGCACAGUGUUUUCUUUUCUUUUUUGCCGGUAAUGAGACAUCUAGUUCAGUCCAAUCUUUCUGCCUUUAUGAACUCGCUUUGCAUCCAGAAAUCCAGCAAAAAUUAAGGGAAGAGAUUCAAGAAGUGAUCAGGAUACAUGGGGGAGUCACAUAUCAGUCAGUGAAUGAGAUGAAGUACUUACAUAUGGUCGUAUCGGAGACAAUGAGAAAGUACCCGACUCUGCCACAGUUAGUAAGGUCAUGUGUGGAACCAAUCGUGAUGCCGGAUGGUGGAAGGGUAGAAAAAGGAGACCAGAUAGCCAUCCCAGUCUGGUCGCUCCAACAUGACCCGCAGUACUUCCCUGACCCCGAUAAGUUCAAUCCAGAUAGAUUCGCACCGGAAAAUGAAGGGAAUAUCAAACCGUACACCUACCUUCCCUUUGGCGAAGGACCUAGAAUGUGUAUUGGAAACAGAUUUGGACUCCUGCAAACCAAAGUGGGCUUGAUCACUAUAAUUAGAAAUUUCCAAGUGCUUCCCUGCGAGAAGACCAGCAUACCACUCAAGUUGGUCAGAACCAACAACAGCCUAACCACCUGCGAAGGGCCUAUCUUAUUAAAGUUGACCUCGAUUGAGGAGCGAAGCUAGGUCUAAUUAUUUUCAUCGCCCAUUCAUUCGAUGAUGAUAAAAUCUGUUAUUUUUAAAAUUUUAUCUUACAAUUAGUCAAAUCAAUUCUUUAGUAUGUAUGUAUGUAUUAUAUGUAUGUAUGUAUGUAUGAAUGUAUGUAAGAACUUAGAAUGUAUCGUUUAUUAAAUGAAAAUGAACGAU